AACAUCACAACGCGCAUAUUCAACCGGAAGUGGAAUCCGGCCUUCGGCUACAAACGUUACCCCUGUUCUGCGAAGUAACAGAUGACGUUGGUAUAAAAGCAUUUCUUACUUCAGAACGCAUCCUCAAUAUCUAUCACCUAUAAAGAAAGACGCUAUUCUAAAUGAAAUUUGUGUGAUAUAUUUCUUAUAAAUUGAGGUUAUUAUAUUAUCAGCAUUCUAAAUUUUUCUACUUCACUGUCUGGAAUAUGUUUGAGUAUGAUUCGCAUUCUGAUUAAACACGGAUAAUUUUCCAGAGGAUUUCUAUCAUCCUCAGAUAUCAAGUAAGAGCGAAGUUGAAGGAGAUUUCUUUAAAGGAAUAAGGUUAAAAUAUACGAAUUGGUGAGAGAAGAACAAUUAUGGAAAAUACAUUGAGUGAGACACCAAUUACAAUUAAGACAGAGAUUGAAAGCAUUGACAUUUCUGAUGGGAUGUUGAAUGAGAUGAGAAAAACUUCAAACUACUGUGACAUCUGUGGUAAAUCAUUUUCUCUAAAGAAAUCUUUAACUACUCACAAACGUAUUCAUACAGGAGAGAAACCAUAUCAGUGUAAUAUCUGUGGUAAAUCAUUCAUUUCAAGUAGUUACUUAACUACUCAUAUACGAACACAUACAGGAGAGAAGCCUUAUCACUGUGAUAUUUGUGGUAAAUCAUUUGCUCGAAGUCAUCAGUUGACUGUCCAUAAAUACAUUCACACAGGAGGGCAACCGUACCAUUGUAAUAUCUGUGGUAAAUCAAUGUCUUCGAUUAGUAAAUUAACAGUACACAAACGCUUUCAUACUGGAGAGAAACCAUUUCAUUGUGGUAAAUCAUUCUCUAUUAGUAGUCACUUAACUACUCACAAAUAUAUUCAUACAGGAGUGAAACCAUAUCACUGUGAUAUCUGUGGUAAAUCAUUCUCUGUAGGAAGUAACCUAAAUACUCACAAACGACUUCAUACAGGAGAAAAGCCAUACCACUGUGAUAUCUGUGGGAAAACAUUAUCUGAUCAAGGCAACUUAACUAGUCACAAACGUAUUCAUACAGGAGAGAAACGAUACCUCUGUGAUGUCUGUGGUAAAUCAUUUUCUCACAGUGGACAAUUAACUGCUCACAAAUGCAUUCACACAAGAGACAAGUCACAUAUAUGUGAUAUCUGUGGUAAAUCAUUCUCUAUUAUGAAGCCAUAUCACUGUGAUAUCUGUGGAAAAUCAUUCUCUGUUGGAAGUGAAUUAACAGUUCACAAACGCAUUCAUACAGGUGACAAGCCAUACUCUUGUGAUAUGUGUGGCAAGUCAUUUUCCCGUCAAAAUGUAUUACCUGCUCACAAACGAAUUCAUACAGGUGAGAAGCCAUAUCACUGUGAUAUCUGUGGUAAAUCAUUCACAAUAUCAAAUAACUUAACUAUACACAAACGCAGUCAUACAGGAGAGAAACCUUAUCAGUGCAAUACUUGUGGUAAAUCAUUCACUACAACAAGUAGCUUAACUGUACAUAAAUAUAUUCACACAGGACAAAAACCAUAUGCUUGUGAUGUCUGUGGUAAAUCAUUCACUGUAAAAAGUAAUCUAACUUCACAUAAACACAUUCACACAAGAAAGAAACCAUAUCACUGUGAUAUUUGUGGUAAGUCAUUUACUACAACAAAUAAAUUAACUAAGCACAAGCACUUUCACAUGGGAGAAAAACCCUAUCACUAAUAUUUGUAAUACAUCAUUUUGUCAGAAACAUCACUUAAUGGCACAAGUGUCUAUUCAUUCAGAAGAAUAACUAUCAAUAUAUGCAAAAGUACCUAACCAUAAAUGUAUUCAGAGAGGAAGGUAACCAGGACUAUCUUUCAAAAUUAUAUUUUAUAUAACCACAA